GCCAGCUCAGAUCCAAUCGAAUCUCCUCAGGCUCAGAUCAAUUUCAUAUUAGCAUCUAAAAUGAUCCUACCAUGCGCACGGCCAUAACGUGCGCAAUUACCUUCGUGAAAACAAAGAAACCACCGCUAGGACACGGCGGAAGAUGGUAAUGGACGAGAGCUUCUUCGGCGAAUUCACCUUCGCGCCAUCAAAUCACACCGUCCAUUCCAAUCCAUCGCCGAUCAACGGCCGAGAUUCAUCUUCAGUUUCCGCCGCUGCCAUCCCGGACGAUGAUGACUGGGGAGAUUUCAUUAUCAAUUCCGGUGGACUGGCGCAUACUCAGUCACUACCUAGAUUCUCCAAACCGCUAGAUCAUCAUCAGAAUUUUAAAAUUGAAGAAGAUUCAUCGGAAUUAGACCAGCCUGGUUCUGCUCCGGGUCGGUUCAAUUCAGGUUCGGUUCAAUGGGAGAAACCUAAAGGUGCGUUGCCUCUAUCUAUCUUUGGAUUCGAAGAAGAAGAAGAAGAAGAAACGGUGAAAUCAGGUGGUGAUGCGGCGUCGUUUACCGAUUACAGUAAGAACAACAAUAAUAAUAAUGUUAACAAAGGAUCAGGUUUGAUUGAUGUGAAUGAUUUAAUUGUUAAUUUAUAUAAUAACAAUAACAAACAGAAUGAUUUUAGUAAAGAAGUAAAAUUAGAUUCGCAAGUGAUUGACUCGAAUGGUGAAAAUGAUUUGAAAUCGAAUUUGGAUUGGGAUCCGCUGAAUGUGAAUUUGAAUAAAGAGCGAAAUUCUGUCGGAAACGGAGCUAGUUUAGGGUUUGAUAGUAACAAUGCUGCUGAUGAGGAUGAGGAUGAUGAGGGAUGGGAGUUUAAGGAUGCACAAGAUAUUUCUAAGACGAACCAGGUCGACACUGAGAUUGGGAUGCCGUCAGCUCCUAAUGUUAAUGGAUUUGGUGCAAAUUGGAAUGAUGGGUGGAAUCUUACUGUUAAUGGUGAUGCUUCAAGCUUAAAUUCUUUGAGUAAGAGUCCUGUUGAUGGAAAUGAUAAAGAACUUGAUAAUGCUGCUGGUGAUGAUGGGUGGGAAUAUAUGGGCUCAGAUUCAAAACUGCAGGUUGGAGAUGAUAAGGUUAAGACCAAACAUGUUCCAGCUGCAAGUUACAGUAUGUCUCUUCCAAAAUGGGAUGUCUUAUUUUCAGAUUCAAGUAGGGUGGAAGUGGAUGAGAAACAUUUUAAUGGAAACUCAACUGAUGAAAAGGACUCUGGCGGUUCUGAUGAAUGGGACUUCAAGGGCGCAGAAACAGUAUUACAGAUGAAGACUGAAAAUUCACUGAAGCUGAAUUCCAAUUGGGCAAAUUCCACCUGUAAUGGGUCGAGUUUGGAUGGAAGUAUGCAUACAAAUUUAAAUGGGAUGAAUUUAGAUGAAAAGCAAGAGAACUUGAAUUUAUUUGGAAAAAGUGAGGAUUUUGGGGACGACGACGGAUGGGAAUUCACGUCAGCAGAAGCAGCAUCCAGGCCUGGGGACAGAAAUACUAAGGAUGAUGGGAGAAUGCCGGAAAAUUUAGAGGGAGCCGCAUACAGAUUUGGUUUUGGCAGUGGCGUUCAAGUUAGUGGUGAUUUACUUGGUGCUUCGCAAGAAACUUCUCAAAAAUCAGGUGAAUCAAACUUUGAAUUUGAUUUCGACAUGUUGAAUGAAAAUAACCAGAAUGACACUGUAAAUGGAUUCCAUAUUUUCCCAGUUAAUGGGAAAGUUGGUUCUGAUGAAAAUUCCUGGCCGUCCAAGGAUGCAUUUUCGGAAAUUGGAUCAGGGGAUAAGGAAGAACCAAUGGUUCUUGAAGGUUUUGCUACCGUGGAGGCUUCCAUAUUUGAUAGUAAAUUCCAGGGGAACAAGGUAAUUGCGGACAAUCACAAAGGAGCUUUGCCCUUGUCUAUCUUUGGUGAUGAAGAAAAGGAAACAGAUCAUUCUGUGAUCCAUCAAGACAUUUCAACCCAAAUGUCCACCAACAACCUAAGAGAUAGUGUUAAGAAUCCCCAUUUAGAUAUGUCUAUCAAGGAUCUAAUAUCAAGUUUAUACUGUCAAGCAGAGCAGAAUGAUUCAGUUAAUAAUGCUCAAAACUUGAGUGAAAACGGACUGGAUUCCGAUGAAACUGCAACCGCCUCUGAAUUAGCAAAUGCUAAUCCUGAUCCUGAUGAUGAUUCUUGGGAGUUUCAAGAUGCUGCAACAGGAGCAGAAGUUGAAGAUCCAGCAUUUGUUCUUGGUCUUGGAGAGUCUCAUACAAAAUAUUCAAACAAAGAAGAGCUAAAUGAUUAUGUACAGUUCUUCUCAAAAUUGAAGGAAAAAUUGCAGUUUGCGGCAGUUUUCCAUUUUGAAAAUCUAAAGAAAGCUCAAAACACUGCUGCUCUUGCUGGUGAAGAUGCUGAUGUACAAGCUCUUGAUAAAAAAAUACAGGAUAUUAAAAAUGAAAUUCAUCAAGAUAGCAUUUUCUCCAGUGAAAUUCCCUCAGACAAUCACUCACCGGGAGAUGCAAGUCUCAGUGCCUUUAUUGAAAUUCUGCGAGAGCCAAAUUUCCGUGUUUUCGAGUCUGAAUAUCAACUGUCGAAGAAACUGGAACUAGCAGAGAACAAUUUGAGAUCAGCAAUUGAACUCCUCAAAUAUGUGGCCUCAACACUACAAAUUUUAAAGUCAGUGUCAAAGGAGGGGCAAUCUAAUUACAUUUCUGCAUGGUUCAAAAUGCUGUUUAUUUGUCUUCAAGAAUUGAGACAUGGUGCCUUCAUUUGGAAGCAAGCUUUGCAAGAAAAUGUCCAUGACCAAUUAUUGACCAAUCCACGAGGCAAGAAGUAUGUCGUUGCCCUUGGUGAAAUUUACAGAGUUGUUGAAGUUCUUGGAUCCUCCAUCAAACUUUAUAAGCCAUGGAUUUUAUCAAGCUCAUUGGAUCACACAAGCAUUUUUACUCUUAUAAGCGAGUGCUCUUCCAUAUGGACAAGUUCAGGACUCCAAGAAGCUCUAUGUAGCAUUUUAAAUUCGGAUGAUUUUGAAGAUGAUGGAAAUCGCAAGGAAUUACUAGAUUCAAUCAAUUAUAUUCAUGAUCUUGAUGUGGACAGACUUUACAAUCAUGUUUUCUUGGAACAAGGCCCUACCUGUCAAAUGUCAGCUUUAGCUGCAGGAACAUUCCCAGGGAUGAAAACAGUAGUCUGGGAUGGACAGCAUUGCUUUCUCUCUCUGGCCAAUUUAUGGGGAAAUUUAGUUAGCAGUGACCCUCUGAACUUGCCAUGCAUACACGUUGGCUAAUAAGAAGAAUGCAAUGAUAAGCAAGAGUAAAGUCGGUUUUUAGGAGCUAUGUGUCGGAAAUCACCACCGCAUCAACUGAAAUUAUUUGUGACUAGUUUUGCGUCACUAUGAGCUCCUAUGCAUAAACUAAAAGGCGCAUCAGCGGAAGUGUUAUGAUGGGAGGAGUUAAAAGCGCACAGUUUAAACUGAAGAUGCAAAUAGCUGAGAGCUUGGAGCGACAGGGCAAUGAUUUCAGGUGAAACAAUUUUUUUAUCACUUUUUUUACCGGUUGCGAUUCUUUAUAUAGAAAUCAAUGUAUCAAUUGUAUGUGUUUUUUGUGAAAUGGGAAAAUUAGAUGCCCUUAUACAUAGAAAUAGGAUUGAGACAAUGCAUAUGGUUUUACUUAUUUCCGCUAUUGAUUCUUGUGAAAACAAUGAGAAAUCUCAUUGUUGUGAAAUUGUAUAUGUUAUGCUAUGAAGUUACUCGCAUUUUCUACUGCUGAAUAAACUCCGUGUCAGUCAAAUUUUUAUUGUAAAUUUGAUUCUGAUUCGUAAACGUGUAUUCCACGGUUCAUUUUA